AAGAUCUUCUAGCAGUUCUUUUUACCGAGCAGUACCAGCAGUAUGUACGGUAUUCACAUCACACUGCCACUAAUUUACCCGUUACCACCCAAGUUAAUCCGUGUCAUCACGCAUUAAAAAAGAACACCCCCCUCGUCGUCGUCCUACCACGCUAGGGGGCGGGGGCAGUAGAGUUUGGCAGCUCGACGGUUUGACGUCUGCCUCCGGGAGGCGGAGACGCACCACGUGACCUUGGUACCAGCUGUACCAACCCAUCUUCUUCUCCUCCCAACCCCUGCCGCGGCGGUGGUGGUGUGUGCGGUUCGCCUCCCACUCACUUCACACUCUCUCGCGCGCACACAGUUCCGCUCGAUCUCUGUCCGUAUAUAUCGCGCAGGGGAUUCCUUAACCCUCCCUCACGCCUCCGUCCGUCCGGACCCCGCCCGGAUCCGCCGCCGCCGCCGCCGCCGCACUCUCCAGGCUCCACUCCCAAAGCCCCGCCUAGAUCUUCCGCGCCAGCCAGCCCAAUGGCGCCUUGGUCGCCGCGGCCCCUGCUGGUGCUGGUCCUGCUGCUCGCGCUCCUCUGCUCCCACAUUGCGCUCUGCGCCUCCGCCGAGCCGGGGAAGCCCAAGGCCAAGCCGAAGGCCUCCGGCGGCCGGAAGGCGCUGCUGGCGGCGUCCUCCGCGGGUGACGACGGGGAGGAGGCGCCGGCGGCCAAGCCGGCCAAGAUCGCCGCCGCGGCGGCGGGCAAGAUCAAGAAGAAGCUCGUCGGCGACGCCAAGAACCAGACCAAGGUCGCCAAGGCCAAGAAGUCGGAGUCGGCCCCCGCGGCGAAAGGGGCCGCCAAGAAGGCCGCCGGGAAGGCGGCUCCGGGCGGGGACGCCGCCAUUGCCAAGGUCCCCAAGGCGGACAAGGCCAAGGUCCCGAAGCCGGACAAGGCGGCGGCCGCCAAGGCCAAGGGCGCCGAUUCGGCCAAGCCCACCAAGGUUAAGGGCGACGAUUCGGCCAAGCCUGCCAAGGCUGCCAAGGCGGGGAAGCCGGCGAAGACGGCGAAAUCUGAGGUCGCGGUGGGGAAGGCCAAGAAACCGGCCAAUUCGACCGCGGACGCCGGUGCCAAGCCGGCCAAGUCCGGCAAGAAGGCGCCGGUUGUCGCCGACGCGAAGGCGAACGCGACCGCCUUGAGCAAGGAGGCGGUGGCGGCGGAGGUGGAGGAGGACGUGGUGUUCGCGGAGGAGGCGGAGGGGACGGGCGACCUGAUCUCCGAGUUCCGGGGCCUGCCCGCGCGGCUGCAGGAGACGCUCAUGCCGGACCUGGCGCGCCUGUCGCACCACUCCAAGGCGUACCUGUCCGCGGCGAACGCCGGGAUAGCCGACGGCGUGCGCCCGAUCCUGGGUGGCCGGUGGGCGGCGGCGGCCGCCUCCGCGGCGUCGGUGCUGGUGCUCCUGCUGCCGCUCUUCAUGCUCACCGCGCUGGUCCGGCGCAUGGGCCCGUACCUGCCGCUCCUCCACCGCGCGCUGCUGCUGGCGCAGGCGUACCUCGCCAUCUACUUCGCGACGCUGGCGCUCGCCGCGGCCGCCACGGGCCUGGAGCCGCUCCGGUUCUUCCACGCGGCGUCCCCGGCCGCGUACGCCUGGACGCAGGCCGCGCAGUCGCUGGGGUUCAUGGGUUACCUCGUGCUCCAGAUGGUGGACCUCGUGGCGGUCUUCUCCGGCGCGGCGUCCCCCGAGGAGGACGGCGGCGGGGACGCCACCAAGGCGCUGGGCCUCGCGCAGAUGGUGGUGGGGCUCGCCGUCGGCCUGCACUACUACGCCGCGGUCUUCCACCGCGCCGCGGCGGGGGAGGCGCCCCGCGCCAACUGGCGCGUGUACGCCGUCUACGCGGCGUGCUUCGUCGUCGUGUGCGCCUGCGCGCGCGCCGAGAGGAGGAAGAAGGCCUACCUCGCCGGCACCGACGGCGCUGCCGAGGAGUGGAAGAAGAGCUGAGCAGAGCGAGGGAGGCGCCUGACGCCUGUGUGAAAAAAACAAAGGAAAGACAAAUAUGGCGGAAACCAAAGGGUGCCAAUGUAAGAAAGAAUGGCCAGAAUUUAACGAGGAGGAAAAAGGAGGGUACAAAAAGGAAAAGAAGAAGGGGGAAGCUGUUAUUUUCCUUUUUUUUUCCUUUCCUACAUUUAUUAUUUAUGUCUUCCCCUUUUCUUUUUAAAUUAUUGGUUUGGGUACAGAGGGAUAAAACUUGAUAAUGGGAGGAAAAUAAGGAUGGUAUCAAUCCUUUACUAAUGCGUAAGGAAUUAUGUUGCCCGGUGGGGAAAAUCCCCCGAGGCGACUGACCGAUGUUGAAUUUGUUGAAAAAUGGAGGUGUGAUUCUAGCGGUGUUUGUUCAUAUCAAAUAUAUGCGAAAUGUUUCUCUGUA